GGCUGAGGGGGAGACUUUAGAUUUAUGUCUGUAGCGGAUCAGAGAGAGGCAAACGAAAAGCAUCAGUGACUGAAGGUGUGGCACCAUGUUGGAAUUAAAUAAGGUGGCACUCCUGCUGUCUUUCCUGGCUUCGCUGGCUCUGGGUCAAGGACCUCUGAGGAUCAGGACUCAGUCAGACAGGAGCAGGAGAGUGGCUCUCAACACGUUCACGGACACACAGACAACAGGCGUGACAGAGUGGACUUCUUGGUUCAACAUCGACCAUCCUGGGGGGAAUGGAGACUACGAGCGCCUGGAGGCGAUCCGGUUCUAUUACAGGGAGAGAGUGUGUGCGCGGCCCAUGGCCAUGGAGGCUCGCACCACAGACUGGGUGGCAGCAGCAGACACUGGGGAAGUGGUCCACUCCAGUCUGGAGAAGGGUUUCUGGUGCAUCAACAAGGAACAGCCCCACGGCCGCGUCUGCUCCAACUACCACGUUCGCUUUCAGUGUCCCCCAGUGCAGAGCUACUGGACUGACUGGAGCGAGUGGGGCCCCUGCUCAACCACGGUUUGCAAUGACGUAGGCAUCCAGGUCCGCCAGAGGAAAUGUGUCAACACCCAGCCCAUGCCUCUCCUGCUGGUGCCAGCGUGCCAGGGGCACCACUCAGAGAGGAGGGAGUGCUCCACCCCUCCAUGUACAGCCAAGUGGAGUCCGUGGGGUCGCUGGGGGACGUGUUCAGUGACCUGUGGUGGGGGUCGCAGGAUUAGAAGGAGGACCUGUGUGAGGACUUCAGUGACUAUUCAGUGCACUGGACGGCCGGUUGAAAUUCAGAAGUGUGGGAAGAGGCCUUGCCCAGUCAAAUGUCAGCGCAUGUGCCCCGAGGGUCGCCCCAGCGAGGACUGCAGCCGGUGCGUGUGCGACGGCCACGUGCUGCACGGCGAAGUGCACAGCCUGACCGGUGUCCCUGUGGCAGGAGCCUGGGUGGCGUUGGCCAGCGAGCCCAAGGUGAUCCGUGGUCGUACAGAUGCCAAAGGUCAGUUCAGGCUCACGGGAGUCUGCUCCUCCAUCUCGACCUCGAUCUCCAUCAGGAAGGAGAAGUUCGCCCCGAUCGCUGUCUCCACCUCCAGUAACACCACAGGGUUGUCCUGGGUACGGGCCGUCCUCAAAUCAGCCGAAAAGCCGUACAUUGUGAAGCACCCGGAGGACAAGGUGCGCUACGAGGGAGGACGGGUGCUGCUGUGCUGCAAGGCAACAGGAUCACCAGCACCCGACAAAUACUACUGGUACCACAAUGGGACUCUGCUGGACAGGAAGGUGUACAAGUAUGAGGAGGACCUCGUUCUGCGAGACCUGAAACCGGAGCAGGCAGGGCAGUACUACUGCAAAACCAGCAGCCCCGCGGGUGCCAUCAAGUCCUCUCCAUCCCAACUCACUGUGAUCGCAAAGGGAACACCAGCUUGCAAUUCCACCCCUGAGACGCACCUCAUCAGACUACCGAUGGACUGUGUUCAACCUGGGACUGACUCCAAGUACUACAACGCUGGCCGCUGCCCUCACAACAAAUGUGCUGGUUCCCUAGACUUUGAUAUGCGCUGCAGAGAUGGAGCUGAGUACUGUUGUGGGGUCCAAAAUAUGGAAAGUCGCGUCAUUGACUGUGGGAGCUAUAGCCUUCCUAUCCGGGCUGUGACGCAGUGCAGCUGUCAGAAGUGUUUGCAGCCAACUGUGCUGGUUCGUGGUAGAGUGGUCACAGCUGACAAUAAUGAGCCUCUGCGUUUUGGGUAUAUCUACAUCGGUAAAGAGAGGGUGGGCACCACUGGAUACCAGGGAAGUUUCACAUUACAAAUUACUCCCGAUACAGAGAGACUAGUGGUAAAUUUUGUUGACCCCACUCAGAAGUUUCUUGACACUCCUAAGGUGUUCAUCUUUGAUAAGAAAGGUGGGUCCAUCUACCAUGAUGUGAAGGUGAUGAGAAAGCAGACGCCAAUUGAUAUCAAUGCAGGAGAGACCAACUCUAUUAACCUCGGGGAAAUUAAAGGGGAAGACCCCAUCGGUCAGCUGAUUAUUCCCCCAAACUCCUUCCACAAGGACAAUGGAGAAAUCUAUGAGGGAACUGUGAAAGCCAGCGUCACAUUCAUUGACCCAAGAAAUAUCACCACGGCGGCUGCAGCCCCUGGCGAUCUCAACUUUGUGGACGAUGAGGGUGACAUGCUCCCUUUGAGGACUUAUGGCAUGUUCUCUGUGGACUUCAGAGAUGAGACCAACAAGGAGGUACUUGGAGCUGGAGCUGUUCAAGUCCUUCUUGACACACAGCACGUCAAAAUGCAAGAGCACAUUCCCAAAAUGAAACUGUGGUCUUUAAACCCAGACACAGGAGUCUGGGAAGAGGAGAGUGACUUCUCCUACACUGCAACAACUUCCGGUGGUUCUGGGCGUAGCAAACGAGAGGAGCGCACAUUCCUCAUAGGUAACAUGGAGAUCAGAGAACGUAGGCUCUUCAAUUUAGACGUGCCUGAAAACAGACGCUGCUAUGUCAAAGUCCGUGCCUACAUGAGUGACAAGUUCCUACCUUCUGAACAGCUGGAGGGUGUUGUGAUCAGCUUGAUAAACUUGGAACCAAAACCUGGUUAUUCCUCUAAUCCUAGGGCAUGGGGGCGCUUUGACAGUGUCAUAACUGGAUCCAACGGGGCCUGUUUGCCAGCUUUCUGUGACGCCCAAAGGCCUGAUGCUUACACAGCGUAUGUUACAGCAAUGAUGGGUGGGGAAGAACUGGAGGCAGCUCCCUCCUCCCCCAAGAUGAAUCCAAACAUCAUUGGAGUGUCUCAGCCAUACCUGGAUAAAAUAGACUACCAGCGCUCAGACCACGAGGAUCCAGCUUUAAAGAAAACAGCCUUCAGAAUCAACUUGGCAAAGCCUAACCAAAAUAAUCUUGAUGAGACCAAUGGGCCAAUAUAUCCGUAUCACAAUUUAAUAGCUUGUGAAAAUGCCCCUGUUGAUGCAAAUCAUUUCAGAUUCUUCAGGGUGGAAAAGGACAAGUAUGAGUACAAUGUUGUUCCCUUUGAGGAGAAUGAUUUGACGACCUGGACGGGAGACUACCUCUCCUGGUGGCCUAAUCCCCAGGAGUUCAGAGCAUGCUUCAUUAAGGUCAAGAUCCAUGGACAGAAGGAAGUGAUGAUCAGGUCAAGGAAUCUGGGAGGAACACACAGAGAAACAAAAGGCAAGCUUUAUGGCAUAAGAGACAUUCGCAGCACCAGAGAUAUGCGAGAGGCCAACACCUCAGCAGCCUGUGUUGAGUUCAAGUGCAGCGGCAUGCUGUUUGAUCAAGCUGAGGUGGACAGAUCCCUCAUAUCAGUACUUCCUCAGGGGAACUGUCGAAGGAUUGGCACCAACAGCCUCCUACAAGAGUAUCUCAUCAAACAUCCACCAGUCGCUCAAAACAACGAGUCCCAUGCAUUCACCAUGCUAGCCCCUGUUGAUCCUUUAGGACACAACUAUGGCAUCUACACAGUCACAGACCAGAAUCCCAGGGUGGCCAAGGAGAUUGCUAUAGGCCGCUGCUUUGAUGGCACCUCAGAUGGUUUCUCUAGGGAGAUGAAGUCAGACUCUGGAGUGGCUCUGACCUUCAGCUGUCCAGAGAGGAAAAUUAACAGAGAAAGCCUUUUCCAACGUCUGCAGACCAACCCCGGUCAGACUCUGUCUCAGAUGGCGAGGGACAUGAGGGAGUCCGAAGGUCUGCAGGUGCAAAGAUUACCCUCACAGAUGGUGGCUUAUCCUUCUGAGCAGCGGGGCAGGACCCAGAGUCGGAGGGUCAGCUCUACAACCAGGAGGAGAGUGUCCACGCGCACACAGCAACGCCAAUAGACGCGCCAAGAGGUCUUCAGUCAAGGCUGAUAUGAUGGCAUCAAGUCGAGGGAGUAAAGGCUGCCUGUCUGCUGAUGAGUAUGAACUCCCUCUUGACUACGGAAACCACAAAACCAAGGCAGACAGUAAUUCAGCAAAAUCAAUGAGUGUGAUUGAACAUAUUCAUUAGACUUAUACGUACUUGAAGGGUUUGGCAUAUAAAUUUCUUCCUUUUCUCGUAAAAUACAUGCAUCAUUUGUCUGCAUGUAAUGUAGUGACUGGCAUUUAUUUAAUUAGCUUUGGUCUAAUUUUAUGUAUGAAUAGGCUAACUUGACGUUUGAGAAGGUAACUUUUAUAGUUCCAAUUUGUGGCAUUCCACUUCCCCCACGCUGGGUGUUUUUGCUGACGUCUCUCAACACUUGAGUUGAAACCAAACCUUCAAAAACUGUAAAUACCACGCCAGGCCCCAAACACUUCAUAAUUGGCCGCUGCUUUCCACCGAACUUCUCUUCAAGAUCAGAAAGACACCAUCUUGAGGUCCUUGUCGUCUGCAGCAGACACUGAGCCCUUUUUCUACAAACUGGGAAACUCUCUCCACCAAGGGGAGGCACAACAGAGACAUGUUGGGUGCAGUGGGGUGAGGCAUGCCACCCGGGGAACAGAGGAUGUUUUCAGUCAUGCUUCUGCUCAUGCUUCUAAUGUUUUUCAUUAGCAUGCCACAUCGCCAACUGUGAUCCAGCCAAAACGUCCCUCACACCUACUUAGAAUGUGCAAGGCCGAGGCCUUCGCCAAGACAAGCAUGGCUCUCACUAGGGUCAGGCAGUCUAAACUGAGGAUAGGUGAUUGUGAGGUAUGACAUAAUGUUCUUUUGUCCUCUGCACAUUCCAAAUUAGCAUCACCAAACAAAAAUUCACUCAAAAGUAGAUGUUCCCAAAUAUCUCACUUUCUCAGAAACCAUCACAGAGACUCAUUCAGGGUCUAAAUUGACUUUGCUUUAAUUGUUGGGUAAUGUGUUUGUCAGCUGCCUUUGUAUCUUGAAGUGCAAUACCUAUAUAAUUUAACUUAAGAAUUCUUGCAGAUGAGCAUGUAACAAACUAUCACAGUACAAAAACAUGCUGCUGGUGAAUGACACAACAACCCCCUCAAUAUGCGUGGCAGGUAGAAUGGUUAAGGUGCUCGAUCUUGCAUAGGACUCAAUGUUAGUGAUUUUAAACACAUAAUUUAACUGCGAUGUCAUGUAAUCAUUCUUCAGUUCUCUCCACUAAGCAGAAUCUAGUAACCUUUUCAUCCUUUGCUGCAUGGCUCAGUUGAUUUUAAAAUUUGUACACCACAGUAAUCUUUUCAACUUCAGAGAGCAAUCUUGUUAGUGGGAGUUCAAACUCUCAGCGGAGCCUCCUCUUAUGAGCAACAUCCACUGUGUGAUUCUUACACAUGAGAGUGAUAAUUAAAAAGUGACACACAUUAAUGUAGCGGCCAAGUUUUCAGAAAUCCUGCUUACAUUUUCACACGUAAUGUCACCAUGUAAGUACGUUUAAAUUAUACAUCUUGAUAGACAUCGAGACAGAUGUAUUAUAGAUUUUAAAAUAGUGGCCUGUUUUAAUUGAGGAUGGUGAAAAUGACGUUUUUAUCGGUGGUAAGAGCUCAACAAUUGUUUAUCUGCUAAAUGGGCACUUGCAGACCCAUGGGAGAAGCUAUUCAAGCUGAACUAAUCCAAAACCAAAUAAGGGGGACCAUGGAGAAACCAGGAGGGGCCCACGAGUAAAUAUAAGCCUUCUGUUAAUUAGAAAAUAAAUUACAUAUCUCUCUCGAGAACAAUUAAAACAGUUUGACCCUGACUUUCACCAACAGCCAAACAUGUUAAUUUCUACUGUAUGAAGGAAGAAGUUAACAACAAUACACAGGGCCUAGGGGGAUUAUGGUCUACAUAUUUAUUAUCAAAAUGGCACCAAGCUCACAGUUAACUCUUGAAGGUGCUUUCAGCUUGAUCCAUUUAACCUUUAGUACAUUUUUAUUCCUAAUGUGCAAUAGAUGCAUUGUUUAAUGUGUGCUAAAAGUGUAUGCGCGCCGGUGUCUUACCAUAUAUUGCGAGCCUACACUUACAUUAGGCCCUUUUUCAAACAAUGGCCUCUUUCCAUUAUGCACCAUGAGCUGCACGCUCCAGAAAAACCCUCAAAACAGAAUAAUAAUAAGGCUGACAACAUGUGGCACCUUCACCAUUAUCACUGACCUUUCUAAUCACAAGCCUGUGGGCCGUCCACGACUGAUCAGUUCAGAUCUCCAGAUGAAAACAAACAUCCCCCUGCAGCAGAUGUAGCAUCCAUCCCGCAAGAAGGAUGAUGAUUGAAUCCAGGUGUGGGAAGAGAUAAGUCCUAUAAAAAUGCAAUGGUGUGUGAGGUCAGCUGAGGAGGCCCAACAGCUGUAGAGCAACUGGAGGAAAUGUUAGACCAAAGACAUCAAGAGAAAGAGGAGCAAGAUUAUCUAGUGAUGGAUUUAAUCAUUUUGGGGUACUGUUUGGUAAAUGGAAAAAAGGAAGGGAAAAUAUUAGUGGUCUUUGGCCUCGCAGUCCAUCACUUUCAGGCUUCGAAAGUGGUUGCACAUGGAAGAAUGCAGGUUUUUGGAGGGGAAUGCUUUGACAGGAGAAUUGGCUUAUUCAUGAAGAGAAGUUAUCAGGGGAGUUUGAAGGACAAGGUAACAAUAAUAGGCUGAGUAAACCAUUAUAUAAGGCUUUGCAUGGGAAAGCAGGCUGGGCUCUCCCAACAGUUACUUUGUCUUCUAGGGAACUUCAAAGGAGAUUAAAGAGGCACUGCAAUGUUUGGUUUAAUGACUUAAGAAAAACUUUCCAAAGUCUUUAGAAUCAAAUAAAGGGAGUUUAAGAUAAAACACACUGCAAAGAAAAUGUUUAUCUCACCCAAAUCUCAGUGGAAACGGCACUAGCAGUAGCAACCGUUUCAUUUUCCAGGCAUUCGAUGUUAACAUCACAAACAUGGCUUAAUGGAGCUUUAUGUGUUUUUGUGCUACACCUUCAAAGGAAUAGUUGGCCAUUCUGAGAAAUAAGCUUAUUCGCUUUCUUGCUGAGAGUUAGAUGAGGAGAGCAGCAGCACUCUCAUUUCAGGUCUGCCAAGUAUGAAGUUACAGCCAGUAUCCUGUUAGCUUAGCUUAGCAUACAGACUGGAAACAGAUAGCUUGGGCCUCCUGGAAACCCUGCUUGUAGCAUGGCAACUCCACUGUGAUGAUGAUGAUGAUGGUUGUUUUUACACUUUUGCACAGUUUGCACAGAAAAAAACAAGAAAUAACAUGUUCAUUAGUGAGCCUUAAAGGUGCUGGUAGGCAAAUUCUGUCACUUUUGGACAAAGCUGGGCUGUUUUUAGCUUCUUUUUUUUAUGAAGCUAAGCUAACUGGUCUGCAAAUAAGUGCAUUUCCAAAAUGAUGAACUAUUCCUCUAAUGGAUACAGUUUACUAUUGUCAGGGCUGUAUCUGUACUGAAGCCAUACAUGCUUCAUAACUGAUGUUUUCAGGGGCAUUUUUUGUUUUUGUAACAAUGAAAGUUUUAAGGGGAAUGUGUGAAGUGAAUUGCUUUUGAAAUACUCAACUUGAUUUUGCCUCUUUGUCAAAGAAUUUCAGUGGGUGCACGUAAUGUUAAGCGGCACCAUUUAACUCGAGGGCAGAAAAAGCCCAAGACUCUCAAUCCACCAGAAACCACCACGAAUUUCACAGCAACUUAAGCAUGAACAGAUUCAUCCGUUUUCUCUUCUGUACAGUCCAGGUAGUCUCAAGGAGAUCAUAAUUUAUUCAGGAGGUCAUCCUUGAACCUUUCCACCACUUUCCGGAGUACACGAAGAAGAGUUGUAUAUUUGGCACUGUGCUCCAGGAAGCCGCCCUGAGCUCCAGUAAAAGAAUCACAUAAAUGAACUCCUCAUAAUUCUCUGUAAACGCUUUAACUAUUGCAUGGUGAUGCCAAACUCAUUUCUCUCUGACUUACGUUUUAAUGUGUAAAUUGUGUAUUGUAUGAAAUCUACUAUAAUUGUACGAACAAGAA